AUGCAGCUCCUUCUCACAGCUCUAACGCUCUUCUGUAUCUUCCUUUCGUCCUCCGAAGCGGUGGACUGUGGAAACGAUGGGUCCGCACGUGUGAUCUCCGUCGACCAGCGCGGCAGCGGGCAGUUCACCUCAGUUCAGCCAGCUAUUGACUCCGUUCCCUCUGGCAACGACAAGUGGAUUAGCAUCCAGAUAAAACCCGGGACAUAUAAAGAGAUGGUGACGAUCCCGCCGGACAAGCCGUGCAUCUUUCUUAAAGGAGAGAGCCGUGCAUCGACAAUAAUCGCGUUCGAUUCUCAUGAACAGACAGAUACAAGUGCUACUUUCACUUCCAACCCAGACAACAUAGUCGUCCAAGGCAUUUCUUUUAAGAAUUCGUACAACCGGUUCUGGGUCAAUGCCGACGAGCCACCCAUUGUUCAAGCGUUAGCGGCGAGGAUAUACGGAGAUAAGUGCGUGUUCCUCGAUUGCGGCUUCUUGGGGGUGCAAGAUACGUUGUGGGACGUGAUGGGCCGGCAUUAUUUCUACUCGUGUUACAUCGAGGGCGCGAUCGACUUCAUCUUCGGCCGCGGCCAAUCCUUUUUCGAGGACUGUACCAUGAAUGUUACGGCUAACUCGCCGCCCUACCAAAUUCGGUCAGGUUGGGUCACCGCUCAGAAUCGAGAAUCGCCGGAUGACCCAAGCGGGUUCGUGUUCGAAGGGGGUGCUAUCCUCGGGGUCGGUCCAUUUCUCCUAGGGAGAGCGUACGGUCCUUAUUCCAGGGUAAUAUUCCAUAAGACAUUUCUGUCGUCCGGCGUGGCUCCUCAAGGUUGGGAUUCUUGGCGUUUCCAGGGAAAAGAGGACAACUUCAUGUAUGCCGAGGUGGAUUGCCAAGGAAAAGGGUCGGACACUUCAAAGAGAGUUCGGUGGGAGAAGCAACUCGAUAAGACACAGCUUCGAUAUUUCUCAAGAUCAUCCUUCCUCGAUCGAGAAGGGUGGCUUGUCAAAACUCCAUUAGGGAAAAAAAUUAGGAGCUAA